GUCUUUUUUUUUCCUAUACCUUGCAAUGAGCACCUUGAUCAAGCGUUCACUUACUACAGGAACAGUAAAGAAAACUCGUCGAGUAUUUUCAGGCAUUCAGCCCACAGGCACACCUCAUCUUGGCAACUAUUUAGGUGCUUUAGCCAAUUGGGCUCGACUCCAGGAAGCCGAUCCCGUCACAGGAGAGCUUCCUUUAAAUUACUAUAGUAUUGUUGACCUUCAUGCUAUCACCAUGCCUCAAGAUCCAGCCACAUUGCGUCAAGCCAAGUUUGAUAUGGCUGCUACUUUAUUAGCUUGUGGUGUAGAUCCCAAACGAUCUGUUUUAUUUGAACAAAGUCGAGUACGAGCACAUGCUGAACUUGCAUGGAUCUUCAACUGUAUUACGCCUGUUGGAUGGUUAGGACGUAUGACUCAAUGGAAGUCUAAACUCGAAAAGGCUCCUUCAAGUGGUCAUGCACAAUCACUCACAGACGAGACAUUGACAUCAGGCCUCAAGAUGGGCUUGUUUGAUUAUCCUGUAUUACAAGCAGCCGAUAUUUUAUUAUACAAGGGUACGCAUGUACCUGUAGGGGAAGACCAAAUGCAGCAUUUGGAGCUGGCUAGAGAUAUCGCUGGACUGUUCAACAAGACAUUUACUUAUGUUUUCCCUAAACCCAAUGUCAUUGUGCCUCCCGCUGCUAAGCGUGUCAUGUCAUUACGUGAACCCACUUCAAAAAUGUCAAAAUCAGAUCCUUCUGACUAUUCCCGCUUAAACUUGAUUGAUUCUCCUCAAGUGAUUCAAUCAAAGAUUGCAAAAGCAACCACAGAUAGUAUUCGAGGUGUUACUUUUGACCUUGUUGAGCGUCCUGGUGUGUCUAAUUUAGUAAACAUUUAUGCUGCUAUGCGUGAUAUAAAUAUUGAAGAUGCUGUUAAAGAAUUUGCAGAUAUCACAAGCACAAAAGAUUUCAAGAACAAAGUAUCAGAAGCCAUCAUAGAGAAAUUGCAGCCCAUUCAAUCUGAAUUGGCGCGUCUACAAGCAGAUCAAGGCUAUGUCAAACAAGUCUUGGACGAGGGUGCUGAAAAAGCCAACAGUGUGGCCAAUGAGACAAUGGAACAAGUCUAUAAAGCUGUUGGUCUAAGAUAAUAAAUAGAUUUUUAUUAUUAU